CGGGAAGGGGCGGACUCCGGAGUGGGGCGUUACGAAACCUUCGGGAACGGACGGCCACUCCUCGCAGGGGAGGGACCGAGGGCCGGGCCUCGUUCUCCAGAAGUCGCAGCACUGGAUCCCAGAACUCAGUUCUCUGUGGCUUCUCUGUGUCCGAGCCUCCGCAGCGAGCUCCCUAGUGGCUCACAGCCCGGGCCGCUCUCCACGCGCCAAGUGCCUUCCCCGACCAUGUCGUCCUGCAGCCGCGUGGCGCUGGUGACCGGGGCCAACAAAGGCAUCGGCUUCGCCAUCGCGCGCGACCUGUGCCGGCAAUUUUCGGGGGACGUGGUGCUCACGGCGCGGGACGCGGCGCGGGGCCGGGCGGCAGUGCAGCAGCUCCAGGCCGAGGGCCUGAGCCCCCGCUUCCACCUGCUGGACAUCGACGACCUGCAGAGCAUCCGCGCCCUGCGCGACUUCCUGCGCAAGGAGUACGGGGGCCUCAACGUGUUGGUCAACAACGCGGGCAUCGCCUUCCAGCCUGAUGAUCCAACACCCUUUGACAUUCGAGCUGAGAUAACACUGAAGACAAACUUUUUUGCCACAAGGAAUGUCUGCAUAGAAUUACUGCCAAUAAUAAAACCUCAUGGCAGGGUGGUGAAUAUCAGCAGUUUAGAGGGCUCCAAAGCUCUUGAAAAUUGCAGCCCAGAUCUACAGAAGAAGUUCCGAUGCGAGACGCUCACAGAAGGGGACCUGGUGGACCUCAUGAAAAAGUUUGUGGAGGAUGCAAACAACGAAGUGCACGAGAGGGAAGGCUGGCCCAACUCGGCUUAUGGGGUGUCCAAGCUGGGGGUCACGGUCUUAUCAAGGAUCUUGGCCCGGCGUCUGGAUGAGAAGAGAAAAGCGGACAGGAUUCUGCUGAACGCAUGCUGCCCGGGGUGGGUAAAAACGGACCUGGGUGGGCCUUGCGGCCCCAGGACUGUGGAGGAGGGAGCUGAGACCCCUGUCUACUUGGCCCUCCUGCCUCCAGAUGCUACCGAGCCUCAUGGCCAACUGGUCCAUGACAAAGUCGUCCAAAACUGGUGAAUGUCUGCUUUGGUGCUUAAUGCUUAAUAAAUGUUUGUGGAGUGAAUGAGUGA